CUCUAGCCUCCGCCCUCCUCCAUCUACUCCGUGCUGUAAAUUGUAAUCUCAAUCGCUAAUAAAAGCCCAGCAAACAGCGAUCUCUAUAAAAUAUCAGGGCUAACCGGACCAACUCACAUUGCGGAAAUGUUUGCUGCGCCGCAAUCGACAGGGAAGAUAAGAAUGUCGGGUGCGCAGCUGCACUGCUAGGACCCCCAAGCCUAAAACCUCCAGCAGACAAGACACUGCGAGGAAUCAUGGCAGACAGCAGAUCUUAAUGUUUUCGGUCGAUCAUAGGGCUGGCAUUCGAAGUGGUAUCCUAAAGUAAACGGCAAAACAGCACAAACCCCUACCGGCUCUUCCUCGAUCUCGAUAUCUAUCCCCUUUCUUAUUCGGAUUCCUAGCAGGCUUUCCGAACAACUCGAGGUUCUGUCUGAGACAAGCAGGAAAAUUGGAAAUUGCCAAUCCAACUCAUGCCUAGGCGCUAGUUUGCCAAUUUUCUCUCGUUCACCCUAUCGUUAAGUCCAAGCAAUGUGGAUGUUCCACAGGUCAGUACUGUUGUAGUGAUCAUCACUCAGCAAAACAUUUGUUCUCCAGCUAGCGACUUGUUAGUUGGCAAAUAGACAGUAAGGAUCUCCAAAGAUUCUUCUGCAGUUUCCAUCCAUUAUUCAAUGCUUCUUGGCUCUGAUCAGUUUCUUCGCGGCUUCCAAUGCAUCAUUUCAGCUCUGCCACACUUGUGCACAUUUUUUUGGGCCAAAUGCACCUGGUAUGAAUCUUCCAUUCCCUGCAGGCUCGCACACACUAAAACGGUACCUAUGCCAUCAUGAAACCCGCGAUCUCCACCGGAAGGCCAUUUUCCCUUGAUCCGUUGAUAAAUAUCUUUCUUUCGAGCCAUAUUCGGGACAGCGAAAAGUGGAUUCGCAGUGCUUUGAAUAUAAAUAAUCGUAAUGCCGAACAAUUCCUCCCCACGAAACUGAAUAUUGAGAAUAAAACUUGAAUACGAAGCAACAUCCCGAAUCAUCACUACGCGUCACCUUGAGCGUUCCUCGUGUGGAUAGGGUUGAUGAUGCUAUUGACCGCAAACCUCCACUACUUGUCUAAAAGUAGAACAGCCUCUACUCGAAGUCGCGGCUCUCCGGUCAGCAAUCUGUGGGCUCAAGAAAUCCAUCAUCAGUCAAGACAACAAAAAGUGGCAUCCGCGGUAUUCAGUUGAACUAGCUUCCGCAACCCCUAGACAAUCUCAGUCAAUCGUGAUAGUUGAAUUUUCUAUAUUCAUACUAUUGUUCAGCUAGCAAAAAAUUCCCAUGGAAUUUUUUUUGCUUGUCAAUCUUUUCCCGGGUUUUCACCUCUGGAAGGCAGCACGCCAGACCAGCAGCUCCAGCCCGGAUACGGCUGGUGUUGCUUGUCACUUACUUCCCAUCCUCAAUAUAUUAUUGACAUAAAAUACUAUCCCAGGAUGCAAUUUUCAUUGCUGCUUUGUAACAAUCGCAUGAAAAAAGGAUAUUGCUAUGGAAAUCCCAUAUGUUGCGGAUUGAAAAUGAGCAGUACGGAUCCGUAACUAAGUAGAUCAAUAUUUCUUAUUUGUUCUCUGCUGGCGGAUCGUCGCAGUCUCAAAUUUCGGAUAUCCUACCACCUAGGAGUUCACUACCACUAAGGGGGGGGGUCUGAGCGCUCAACCGCAAAACGACAUAUAAACAUAUAUGUUUGCCUAGCACGUUUCGUUCCUGUCUGCUCUGAACCUCUUUACUUUAAUCUUCACUCUCAAUCCUCUUCAUAAUUUCAACUUCUCUACCUCCAAUCACUUUCGCAUCCCGCCCUCCCGCGCCUCAACCCCAACCCACUACACACCGCCCAUACAAAAAGCAAACAAAAAAAAUAUGAAACACAACCCCUUCCUGCUGGCCCUCUCCGUCGUCCUCUCUCUCUGCGCGCCGGCAUACAGUCAAACCGAUAACCAAAUGCCCAAAUGCGCCCUCCCUUGCCAAGAAGCCGUUGAGCGUGUCACAACCUGUCGCAAGGACGACUACAAAUGUAUCUGCGAACCGGAGAACUUCAAAAAGAUCGCGUCGGAAUCGGCACCGUGCGUCUAUGAGAGGUGCGGUGUCGCUGUUGCUUUGAGCGAAGUCAUGCCCGCUGUAAAUGAGAUGUGCGAAGCUCAUAAGUGAGGACGGAAACGUGAGGGCGAAGUUAGCAUAGUACAUGUACAUGUACAUGUACAUGUUACAUUCAUAAAAACUUCAAGGUCUACGUGCGUUUUAUCUAUCCGGCCAGUUCCAAUUAUAAUAAUAUAACAACUACAACGGCUGGCUUUCUCUCCCUCUCCUCCCUCUCCUCCCUCUCCCUCAACCACACACCCCCAUGAGGGAUAGGGAUGAAGCGGGACCUAGGCCUAGUUAAUUGUUGGAAAUUCAGAGGGCGAUCAAGAAUCCUAAACCUGGGUGUUUUCAGCCGGACAAUAUACAAGACGACCCGAGUAUUUAUUUUCUAAUUUCCCUUUGAUUAAGAUGUGUCUGGCUACGGGGUGAGAAGUGAUAGCAGCUAUCAAAUGAAGUCACACUUGUAGACAAGUUCCUUUAAUCAUUUGGAACAAACAGCUUUUACAUUAUAUCCUACUUGUUUCCAACCAACAUGUAAGC